AGAGCGCGCCGGGCACCACACCGACUCUCUCUCGCUCCACCUGGCGGGAGCACCAGGCCUGUGUACGUGCAGAGGGACUGGCAGCAUGAUUUCUGCAGCGGCUCCCAGCCUCAUCGUGUCUCUGCUGCUGCUCUCGAGGGCCCUGCCCAUGGUCGCCCACUCUGUGCCCCUGCAGGCCGCCCCUCUGGAGGACAUGGGGGGCAGUGGGGAAGCCGAGGACUCAUCGGCCUCCUCCCCGAGCCUCCCGCCACCUGGGACCCCUGCCCUCAGCCCCACGUCGGUGGGGCCCCAGCCCACGCUCCUGGCGGGCCCCAAGCCCCCCACCAACUUCCUGGACGGCAUCGUGGACUUCUUCCGCCAGUACGUGAUGCUCAUCGCUGUGGUGGGCUCCCUGGUGUUUCUGCUCAUGUUCAUCGUGUGCGCCGCCCUCAUCACCCGCCAGAAGCACAAGGCCUCGGCCUACUAUCCGUCAUCCUUCCCCAAGAAGAAGUACGUGGACCAGAAUGACCGGGCUGGGGGUCCCCAGGCCUUCAGCGAGGUCCCCGACAAGGAUCCCGAUGGCCGGCCCGAGGAGGCCCUGGACUCCUCCCAGCAGCUGCAGGCUGACAUCCUCGCCGCCACGCAGAAUCUCAAGUCUCCCGCCAGGGUGGCCUCGAGCAGUGGCAACGGAGCCAGGGUGACGGAGGGCAAGUCGGAAGAAGAGGAGAAGGGAAGCCAGGAGGCGGACCGGGAGGCAGAGGGCCGUGGGGUCUCGGUGGAGAGAGCGGAGGUUGCGGAGGACCCGUGCUUGGCGGUGGUGGAGGGGGCUGUGGGGGCUGGCGAAGGCCCAGGGGAGCCAGAAGCAGCUCCCUCAUUAUCCCAGGAAGCUGAAGGUCCAGCUGGCCCCCCCGAAAGCCCCUGUGCUUGUGGCAGUAUCAGCCCCAGCGUCUAACAGGCCUCCAGGGCUGUGGCCCUGACUGUUGGAUACCCAGUGGUCCCUUCCCUGGGCAUAGAAAGGCCCCUGGCCCUUAAGGCUCCCUGAUGCCCCCUCCUCAACCACCCGCAGCUGCAGAUCCCAUCGUGUCCUGAUCCUACAGUGGGCAGAGAUACUGGUCUCUGGCCCACCCCAGGAAUCUCACCAAGUUCUAGAACAUUUGCUCCCGCAGCCCCAAAGGGCGGCAUUUCAGAGCACAGCUCCUCUGGGCAGGCGGGGCUGGCGACGUAUCCCCAUUAUAGCCACGUCGAUUGGGAAACACUUCUCAGGUCCCUCGUGACAGUGCCAUCGUGCGCGCUUCUCCAUCGAGGUAGAAAAGAAAAACAGAAUAAGGAGGGAUUUGGGGAGAGGUUGAAUGAGAGGUGCAGAAGCACCUGGGGUUGGUGUGGUUAGAGCUGCCACUGGAAGGGGCCUGGUUAAUCAGGACGUUUCUGUGAGAGGCCCUUGCAUGUGGUCACAACAGGUCCUUAAAUGAGCAUUUCCCAAACUGGGUUCCCUAAGGUACUCUGUCAAAAAAGAUUUUGGAGUCCAGUGAGUUGAAGAAACAUUCCUUUUGAUUCCCCGUGACUCCCUUAGAGCAGCCCGGGACUCAGACAAGUGCUAUAGUAAAGGCCCCCCCCAUUUCACUUAGCCUUUCUCGAACUCCU